AGAAAGUCGACCACGAGAAAAAAUGAUUGACUUGGAAUAAGCUGCUAUCCUACGUUAACUCCAGAGCCUCAUCAUGCUGGAUAAGCUAUUUUCAUGGAGUCGGACGCCAUCAUCCACGUCUACCUCUGGAGCUUCGGCUGCAUCUGCUGAUUCUACAGCGUCCCUCGGAAGAGAGCCUGUCCAUUUACCUGAUGAAAUCAUCUUGCAAAUUCUUUCGUACUUCCCCGAGGGUGAAGCAUCUCAAGGAACACUGUGGGCCUGCUGUCUACUCUCUCGACAAUGGCAUAACCUGGCUAUAGCCAAACUGUAUGCUGCUCCACAUUUGUAUGGACCAAACUUCGACCUGUUCGUUAAGACAGUGUGUCCCUCAUUAAAUGCUCAUAUUCGCAAGUCGGAUCUGGCAGGGCUUGUGCGGACAUUAGAUAUGUCAAAAUUAGCUUAUCAAGGAUCUCGAGCAACCACUGCACGCUUACUUGGUCGAACAAAGAAUGGGUUAGAGGUGUAUGUAGCACCACAAGCCAACUGGGGUAUCAACUGUCUGGCUGCGCUCUCAAAAUGCACUCGACUUCGUAGCCUUGACCUCAGUCUCGUGUCCGAAGCCCUGAGCUAUCGGGAGUUAUCAAACACGAUACAGAAGAUGAAGGACCUGCGAAUACUAAAGUUUCCUCGAUCUGCAGCGAAGCGCGAUGCGGAUGUGUACACCAGAUCUCACAUGCACUGGCCGCCGAACCUCGAGGAACUCACGCUGUCAGGAGAUCUGUUUGAUUUCUUUCAUAGCGAUGUCCAGCCACUUGAUGGAGGCACUCCAAAUUUGCCACUCAAAAUCACAAGGCUUGCAUUUCAGCACAGCAGCCUGGAUGGAAGAAUGUUCAACGCUACGCUUGCUGAGCUUGGAAGCAAAUUAACUUUUCUGAAGCUGUACAAUUUAACAUGCUCUGAUUUCGAUUGGCCCUAUCCCGAAGGAGCCUCAACGAUCCUCCAUUUAUGUCGAAACUUGAACACUUUAGAGAUUGCUGUAGAUCUUUUGACAUCAAAUCUCAUCUUUUCGCUCGAAAUUGAAGACGAUGAUGACGUUCUGCCAAUUGCGCUUGAGCAUCAAUUGAAGCAUCUGUAUAUUGCUAGUCCGACCCGAACUGGAAGCUUCAUCGAGGAAGAGUUAAUGAAUACACAUGACUUAGCCCGGGCAGUUGAUAAGAAUGCACUGCCUGCUCUACGUACUGUCACAAUCGAGGUUUUCUUUAAGGCCCCUUCAGAGUGGUCAACAGCAGAUCUGCUGCUUCAUCGACGACUGAAGAGAAGGGCCCGGGAAAACGACGAAAAUCCAGACGCCGCAGGAGUGCGAUUCGCGGUAUUGCAAGCAUCUUAGCUUUAUAUUCGGAGUUAUUGGUUAUCAAUAUGGAUGGUUUAUUUUUAUUCUUUAGGCUUCUGAGCCAGAAAUAAUCAUGCAACGUGCAUUCUGGAAGCGAUUAAAGCUUCUGAUUUUAUGUUGGCCAGUAGCCGUUCCUAAAGGACAACGGGUCGAGUUCAUACAUAUUCCCACAGGCACUGAACAAGGCCAUAUGUAGAAUGGACCAAUGAGAGUAGUCUCCAAAAGAAAAAGAUACAGUC